UUUUGAUGUUUCUUUUUCACACGUUCAAACUGUUGCUUUGAUUCAUCGUCGCUGUAUGUCAGACGUUAACAGUAACACUGAUACUCGUACAAGAUAUUUUCCUAAAUGAUUUGCUUGCAGCAAUGAAUGACUCCCAGUAACAGUAAAGGCAGCAUGGUGGUCCUACAGUAUUAUAUGGCGUAAUUAUUCCAGUAUGUUAAUGCAUCUUAAACGUAUAUUACCAGGCAGCUGUGGACGACAAGACCUAGAGUGUCUGGCCAAUCGUUAUACGACUCUACACCUGCGUUGAAGAGGAGCACAAAUGCCUAACCGAUGUGUUGCCUAUGCCUGUGGAAAGUUUAGUGGGCAGAAUGUAUCCAUGUUCAGAUUUCCCAAGGACCCCGGGGAUUUUCGCAAAUGGGAGAAGCAGGUUCAGAGGACCCGCAGGAAUUGGGUUGCCAGGACUGUCUCCCAUUUAUGCUCUGAUCAUUUUAAUAAGGACUGCUUUGAGCCAAGAUCUCUUGCUACUGCCAAGACGAUGGGAUUCAAAGGGCUGAGACUGAAGGAGGGCGCUGUCCCGACGAUUUUCAACCGCCCGCCGUGCAAUAACUGCGGCGGUGCCUCCUGUUCCACGUGUAUUCCAAAGCGAAAGAGACACGGUGUGACCACGGAACCUGAAAAGUUUGAAUCAGAUGAAUGGAAAUUGGCCUCUUGGAAUGUCAACUUGGACACAUUGUGUGAAAUGUGUGGAACUACUGGUACCAAGGACACUUUCUACUCAAAAACCAAGCGCUUCUGCAGUGCGUCCUGCUCCCGGUCAUUCUCCUCCAACUCAAAGAAAUCCUCAGUUCUUGCACGGCUGCAGGGAAAGCCACCCAUAAAGAAGUCGACAAACAAAAUCUCUCUAAAAUCACUGACUGAGUCUUCUCAGUCAAAGGGUGUUGCACAGCAACAGGAGAGCAGAGCAUUUGGACAGGAUGCUACUUUGGCUGGAUUUGACUGGGGUAGUUACCUUGAGAAAAGUGGCUACCUCGCUACUCCUGUAUCUUGCUUCAGACAUGCACCACUCUGUGCUCAAUGGGAGGACAUCUACGUGGGGUUAAAAGUGGAGGUUCUGAACACUCACACAGCCUUGCCUAGCAAGGUGUACUGGAUUGCCACUGUAGUACAGCUGGCAGGCUAUAAGGCUCUUCUGCGCUAUGAGGGUUUUGAGGAUGAUGAUAGCCAUGACCUUUGGUGUAACUUGGGUACAUCUGAUGUUCAUCCUAUAGGCUGGUGUGCAGUGAAUAGCAAGCUCCUGGUCCCCCCUCAAGAGGUCCACCAGAAGAUUAAAGACUGGAAAUCUUACCUGAUGGAGAAAUUGGUUGGAGAACACACACUUCCUGUUGACUUUCAUGUCAAGAUGGCAGACAGUAUGAGAUGUUCAUUCAGGCAAGGUGUUCGUGUGGAGGUGGUCGAUCGCUCACAGGUGAGCCGUACCCGCUAUGCAGUGGUGGAUACCAUAAUAGGGGGUCGACUCAGGCUGCUGUAUGAGGAUGGGGGUCUAGGAGCAUCGGGCGAGGUGCUCUCAGAUUUCUGGUGUCACAUGCAAAGUUCUCUAGUACAUCCAGUAGGCUGGUCUGAAAGAGUGGGCCACAACAUCAAAGAAAGUGAUAGGAAUGUCAACAUGAGUAGCCAUCCAGCAUUUCGCAAGGUCCUUCAAGACAGUGUGCCAUAUCAGUUCAAGAAGUUAAGGACUGUUUACAUGGGAGAUACAUUUUUUGAGGAAGGCAUGAAACUGGAAGCAAUUGAUCCUCUGAACCUUGGGAACAUCUGUGUCGCAUCAGUCCGUAAAGUGCUGCUAGAUGGAUACAUCAUGGUUGGCAUCGAUGGUGUUGAGAUUGGUGAUGGUUCUGACUGGUUUUGCUACCACGCCAGUUCACAUGCCAUUUUACCUGUAGGAUAUUGUCAGAACAACAACAUAAAUCUCACUCUACCUCCUGGUUAUGUUCAAGAAACGUUUACAUGGCAUAAGUAUUUAGAGGAAGUGGGUGCUGUGGCUGCUCCACAGAGACUUUUCAACACAGAUGCUGCAGGCCAUGGCUUUACCACAGGGAUGAAGUUAGAGGCCGUGGACCUCAUGGAGCCAAGGCUGGUGUGUGUGGCCACUGUUAGGCGUUGUGUAGGCCGGCUUCUCCUUCUGCACUUUGAUGGCUGGGAGCCAGAGUUUGAUCAGUGGGUGGACUGUCAGUCCCCUGAAAUUUACCCGGUGGGCUGGUGUGAAGUCACUGGCUACCAGCUGCAGCCACCCAUCGGCCCAGAACCACCUCAGGGUCAGGAAUGCACCAAUCCAAGCAAAAAGCCAAAACCCUUUAUUGGGAAAAGGAGGCGAAGAUUUAUAAAGAAAAAUACAAGCAUUAAAAACACAUCUAAAACACAGUUCCCCCAGCCGAAAGAGAAUUCUGAGACAAAUCACUCAAAUGAGGCACUAGUCCCCUCUGUCACACCCACCUCUGUACAAAUCAAGACUGAACCAGAGGAAGAAAUUAAUGCAGUGAAAGUGAAGGUUGAGGAGAUGGAAAGCCCAAUAUUACCCAGCAUACAAAGUAAAGAAAGCAACAACCUAAAGGUCUUCACAACCUUUAAACAGGAGGACAUCUCAGUUUAAACCCUCGCCUAUAAUGAUGAAAGUUCUUGAUGCAUCACUCAUUAGGAAUAUAAAAGACAAAAGUGUAAAGCAGAUUGUCUAUUGUGCAUUUAUUACUAUUAAACACUGUGAAAGGUACUUUAUUAACCAUUAGUUAUUGAUUGGUUUAUCAAGUAAUUAAGCUUAAUUAUUAAACUGUUUGUGUAAAUAAUGAACUGUUGAGAGAAGAUACAUUUUGCCUUGAAUGGUAUAUUAUGUUUAUUUCAUUUUUUUAUAUAUAGUAUUCAUUUUGUACUGAAA